AUGAAACACAAUUUCCUUAACGCUGUAACAGAAAUGAGCCAAGUUAAGAGUGGAACACUGUAUCUUAUAAGCGACGAACGAGUUGGUAGACAGCGACUUACGGUAACUGUGUAUCGUAAUACUCCGAGCCCCUUUGCCGUGUUUACACGCGAUGGCAGAGCGAAGGUACUUGCAGGAAGGAAUGCUGCAUAUCUAGCACUUAGCGACUGCCAAGUACGAGCAUUAGACGAGAAAGCAUUCACGUUUUGUUCGAAGAAAGAACGAAUUGGAAAAGGGCCAUCGUAUUUGACAUUCGAAGCGAGUUCAACGGAAGAGAGAGACUGUUGGUUAGAUUUAUUCAAGUGUCCUGAUAUGAAGUUAAACAAGACGACACAAUGUUGCAGUUUCUUACCGACAAUUGAAGAAUACGAGGACAGUGAGGAGUCAAGUCACAUAAUGAGUCAUGGGAAAGCUAAUCUCAUUUCUGUGUGA